AUGUCCACAAUGGAAAAAUCCUGUCGGAUGUGCCAUCAAAACUCAGGGGUGCUCGUUAGCCCUUGCGGAUGCGAGGGGUCCAUGAAAUAUGUUCAUUCAAAGUGUCUUUCAGAUUGGGUUUUCUUUCACAGAUCGCUAUCAUGUGAAGUAUGUGGGGUUACCUAUAGUGUUGCUAAAGUACUUGGCUAUCGCCAGCCACAUGAAAGGCAUGAUAAGGUGAUGUUACUAUUAUCUAUUUGUAUUCGACGAUAUACACGAAAGACUCUAGAGGUGUUUUUACCUUUUCUUUUUCGUGUAUUUGCGCUUAUGUCAGUUCCUUUAAUUUUUGCAUUUUUUUAUAGUAUUCAAGUCUUGUUCAUUUCGAGGAUAUUAUAUUGGCAUUCACUUACUCCAUUAUUAGAAUACGUAGGUAAUCUCAAUCCCGGUUUUUCAUUUGCAAUGGGAAUGGGGCUUGCACUUCUUACGUUUCCAUUUUUUUUCCUAUGGGAGGCAUGGAGAGAGUGGUGUGCCUCUCACGAAGAGGUGUUUGGUGUACGCGUUAUGAGGGAAGAUGAGGCGGAGGGAAUCGUUAGAGAUCAGACGGUCAAUGAUACUUCUGGAGAAGUCGUGGAGGAUCCAUAUCAUUGGCGUGAAGAUCACGUUUUGGAGCCUGCAGUGCUUCCAGAGGACAUGGCAACUAUAUUAGAAACCAUUGACUUGGCGCAGAAUCGAUUGAAUGGUAAUCGAAUUUCGGAACGACUACUAUCAUCUCAACUAUUUCGUGUUGUUAUGCAAUUUCUAUCGUUCAGUGUAUUUGUUUGGGUCCUUAUUGGACUCUUUCCAGAGUUGGUACAUUUGACCGUAGUGACGUUGUGGAAAAUUUUGGACGGUAACUCUCAUUUUUAUGUUUUUGUAGAGAAAAUUUUUAUGACUUUUUCCACUUCUGCUAAUAUGGCUCAGGCGCGGUUUAAUAUGUUUUUAUCAUUUAUCAAUGCCUUAAGCUCAUCAAGAAUGGUUUUCUGGUCUCUCGCAUAUAUCUCGAGAAUGUUUACUAUUACAAUUUUUCUUUUACUGGCCUAUCGUCUUAAUCGAUUGCCAUAUCGAAAAAAGGCUGUUUCUCUGUUAAUAUUUUUACGAUCAUUCCUUAAUAUCCUCAUACUUUUGUUUUAUACUGUUCCCACAUUUUGUUUGUUGGCCAGAGUGUUCUGUGUGGAUCUAUUUACGAGUAAUGCAUCUAUUGAUACUGGUGAUUACGAUAAGGCAUGGGAAUUUCUUGGGUUUUCAAGUAAUAGUCCGUUGGAGAAUGUAUAUUCUGGUGAGAAGCCAGAAGUUUCAUUUUUCCCUUCACCAGUAGUGAUUUUUAGAGCCUUGGAGGUUCUUUCACAAAAUAGAAAAGAAGAGGAUGGGGUUUGUUGGAAUUUUAUGAAUCUUCACCUUUACAGUGAAAGUAACAACAGUUUUGGACUUAAUGGAGAAGCUUUGACGACAGAUAUGUAUGGUGAUGAUUCUGUAAUUUUUUCACUUUUCGUAUCUACUGUUUUUGUAUCAAAUGUGGAUAUUUCUUCACUUGUGGAAUCAAGCUAUGUUGUUGCUUUUCUUACAUUGAUAUCUAUUUAUCAUGUAAGUUUUAUUUUCGCAGCAACUCCUGCAAAGUGGAUCAGAUGGUCUUGUUUGUGGAAUAUAUUUCGAGCCAACUUUUUUCAAGUUAUAAGUAUUCUUGAUAUUAAGAUGUCUUUCUUCCUAUACUGCGAAAUAUGUGCACUCUCCGUAUUUGUUCUUUGUGUGUUUAUUCGUUCUUCGCUUGAUGUUGUCUAUACCAUAUGUCCUACAGCUAUUUUGCAGUUAUUGGUGGUUAAAAACAUUACAACUACGGUCGGUUGGAUGAGGGUUUUUUUCCUCUCAUAUGCUAUUCCUCAACACGCAGUUGAAGUGGCUCAUAAACAAGUGAUUUCUGUACUGAGUAACCUGUUUGAACUUGAAGAUGUAAUUCAAAAUGAACCCUUUUCAAUUUCGUCUCUUCUCUCAAGAGUGAUUCGUGUGACGGCCUUUAUUUUGUGCUAUUGGACCUUUAUUAUUGGAAUGAUUACAAUGUGCCUAAUCCCUGGUUUGUAUAUGCUUUACGAACGAAUUGGAUUUAUUCGCAGCGUACUAUUUAUUUUUUUUAAUGUAUACCAAUGUAUUUGUCAAUUAUGUCCUGAUGCGCAUAUUCUUGUAUUGGGGGUAAUGAGAGAUUUUCUUACAAGGACCAAAUCUUCAGUUGUAUUGAUGAGAUUUAAGUGGUGGUUUGGCUCGUCUUUUGGUUUAUUGGUGAAACAAAAUAAAAGUUCUGAGGAGGGAAUUCUCACUUAUGAGGUUAGACAUAUUUUUGCAAUACCUUCUAAUCUUCGUUCUAUAUAUGCAUCGAAUAUUCAAACUACUUUUUUAUUAUUGGAAAAUGAGGAAAAACGUAGUGUUUCUUUGUCAUCUCUUCAACGAACUAAAAGGGCCUUGAAGUUACUUCUUUCCAAUAAUGAUGCUAUAUGCAAACUGAGUGAAGAAGAUAUGUCUCUUCUAAUAGGUCUUAUGAAACUACCGAGUCUUAAAUCUGUAAUACGAUUCUUUCUUUUUUGUACACUUCUUUUAGUGAUACUGCCUUUUAUAGCUGGAUCAACGGUGAUAUUUUGGUUACAGAGUAUCGUUGUAGGUCCUCACUGUUAUAGUGGUCCACAAUAUCUCUUUUUUUUGUGGUCAUGGUCUGCUGGUACAGGUGUUACUCUCUUUCUUAGUAUAUUGAAUUUUCAAGAUGAUAAGGGUAUUGGUGCUCGGUGUUACUCAUACUAUUAUUGUGGUUUACACUAUUACACGACAAGAGAUACCAUGACCUUUGUUAUUAUCCCAUUUUUUCUGAAAUUAGCGAGCAUUACUAUUGUUCCCUGUGCUUUGAAAAAUACUGUGGUUUUAUUUUUACCAGUUUCAGAUGUAGUUUUUACUGAAAACAUUAGUUCACUAUUUAUUCUGACCCUGUUAAUAAUAUGUGCUUGCAGAAAGUGUUCAUCAGUGAUGGAGGUUGUACAUUAUGUGUGGAGUCAAUUACUUGGUAUGAGGGACCGCGAACUCCCUGGGGCAGUGAUCAUGCAGGAGAUGGUAUUCGCUGAGGGAAAUCCCCUGGCUCGACCCUCUACGGAUGACCAGAAGGAUAUCCCUGUGAGUGAGGUGAGAGCAGAAGGUGGAAUUGGAAAUAUUCUUGUAAUGAAAAUUAACACCAUAAAACAUUCUUGUGGAAAUGCGAUCGUAAGAGUGAAAUUUCUCUUCCUUACAAUGAAAGAAACCAUUCUGUCGUUUCUAACAAAUGUAGCUAAGAGAGAAAGUAUAGUGGAUGUUUUUUUUGUAGACAGAGGAGAAAUACACGAUGUGUCUCGCAAAUCAUAA